AUGUCUGCAGAUUCCAUUGAAAAGGCAUCUGACAUGUUUGCUGAAACAAACAACUCCUUUGACAAAGGUACCAAGCCAAAAUACGAACACGACGAAGGGUUGGAGUUCGGUGAAGACUUUGAUUUCGAUGGUGAGUUUGCCAAGUACGCUGCCAUGGGUGAAGCUGAAAAACAGUCCGGUACUUUCAUGACCAACUUGAAGAGACUUGAGUUCCCUCUCCACAUCAACCCAGACAAAAUGGUCACCAUUCUUGGUAUUUUCGCUGCUGCCGCCGGUAUCCUUUCCGGUCUUGAUCAAUCGCUUAUCAGUGGUGCCCAGAUUGGGAUGGACAAAGCCUUGCAUUUCAACAGCCACGAGAACUCGUUGGUGUCGUCCUUGAUGCCUUUGGGUGCGGUUGCUGGGUCCAUUCUCCUUACCCCGUUGCAAAAGCUUGGCCGUAAGAAUGCCCUUAUUGCUUCCUGUAUCAUGUACACCAUUGGUGCCAUCUUGUGUGCUGCAUCUCCGAUCCCUAAACACUUGGGUGACGGGAGCUACGACAACACCAGAUCCAGAGACGUGAUGUACGCCGGUCGUUUCCUUUUGGGUGUGGGUGUCGGUGUCGAAGGUGGUGGUGUCGGUGUGUACAUUGCUGAGUCUGUUCCUAGUAAGAGAAGAGGGGGCAUCACCUCCGGGUACCAGAUGGCCAUUGCGUUGGGUGAAAUCAUGGGUUAUGCUGUUGCUGCGAUCUUCUUCGAGGUCCAUGCUGGCUGGCGUUACAUGCUUGGUUCCUCGUUGGUCUUCUCCACUCUUUUGCUUAUCGGUCUUUUGUUCUUGCCUGAGUCACCCCGUUACUUGGCCUUCAAAGGUAAGAUUGGUGAAGCAUUCAACGUGUUUGCCAGAUUGAGAAACGUGGACGACAAAUACAGCAAGAUCGAGUUUGUGCAAAUGAUCCAGGCCGCUGAAGCCGAGCGUGAGUUGCGUCUCACCAAGAGCAGAUUUGGUGUGUGGAGCGAGUUGUUCACUGUCCCAAGAAACCGCCGUGCUUUGGUCUACGGUGUCAUGAUGAUCUCCUUGGGUCAGUUGACCGGUAUCAAUGCUGUCAUGUAUUACUUGUCCACCUUGAUGAUCAGAAUCGGUUUCACCACCAAGAACGCCGUGUUCAUGUCCCUUGUUGGUGGUGGUGCAUUGUUCCUUGGUACCAUUCCGGCCGUGUUGUACAUGGACAGAUUUGGUCGUCGUGUGUGGGGUUACAAUCUUGUUGGUUUCUUCGUCGGGUUGGUCUUGGUUGGUGUCGGUUACUCGAUCAACAUUGAAACCAACUUGCCUGCCGCCGAGGGUGUGUAUCUUACUGGUCUUAUCUUGUACAUGGGGUUCUUUGGUUCCUAUGCCUGCUUGACCUGGGUUGUUCCGUCUGAGUCCUUCUCCAUCGGUACCAGAUCCCAAGGGAUGACCAUCUGUUCUGCCUUGUUGUACUUGUGGGCAUUCACUGUCACCUACAACUUCAACCGUAUGAAGGUUGCGUUCACUUACACCGGUUUGACUAUUGGUUUCUAUGGUGGUAUCGCAUUCCUUGGUUUCUUCUACCAAGUCAUGUUCAUGCCAGAAACUAAAGGUAAGACUUUGGAAGAAAUCGAUGCUAUUUUCGAAAAACCAUCCAGACAACUUGUCAAGGAAAACAUUAGAGGAUUAAAGAGAUUCUGGGGUCGUUAG